AUGGCGGUCAGUCGCGAAAUUCCGCCGUUUGAACCCACGACUCGAAAUACGCAGACCACUCGAAAGUCUGACGUCAUCCGCGAUCCGGAACCAUUGUUGCGAGCCGCGAGCGACACCGCGCGCGCUUGCGAUCCCAGUCGAAGCCAGAUCCGCUCGACCCGCGAGCCUAAAAAGGCCAUCCCCGCAAGUCGCGACGUGAACCUCCGCGAGCCAGCGCCAUGGCCGUCAAGCAGAGACUGUGAGAUUCCCGGACAGUUCUCGAAGCAGAAAGGGAAGACCAUGCUCGAGAAGCUCGUGCCCAUCCCGCCCGAGUUCUACGACGACCACAAGGACGAGGACCUCAUCACCGGCAAGGGCACCAUCUUCCCCUUCGCGGUGUUCCUGUACUUCAUGCAGUGGGCCGCGUUCCUGGGCUUCUGUCUAUUCUACUGGUACCACCCCAGCUCCCAGGUGACUCAGUCCAAACUGGAGAACAAUUGGGACUACGGGAGGCACGCCGGGUGGAACUGCACGCCCAUGCUGAACGACCCCUUCUAUCGCGCCAGGUACAACCACGACACGUGCAAGGAGCUCAUGCUCAAGCCGACAGAAGUAAAGACGCUGAAGAUCAACGUCGACCCCGCGUGCACCCCCAUCGAAAACUCCACCGGUACCUUCCCUUGCGAAAACGCCACCGCGUUCAGGUUCAUCCCCUUCAAGGGCAUGGAAGGCCUCGGCGGCAAGCGAGGCGUCGUCCAGCCCGGCUCGCUCAUCGACAACACGUAUGACAGCACCGACACGAAUGGCAUCCAAGCGGAGCUGGAAAAGAUCUUCGCUCCCCUCAAGGAGCUCAACACAUGCGGCUCCAUCGGUUUCCACUGGAAGAACAAGGGAGGCUGGGGAAAGUCGAAGGUGGACAAAAUGGCCUCGUUCGACAUCUUCGUCGACCAGAUGAAGAAGAAGGACCCCUCGCCGCCGCCGCCGCCGGUCGCUUCGCCGCCGCCGCCACCUGCGGCCUCGGGCAGCGGCGGCCACGGCACUCCAGCCCCGUCCGGUGGCGGCGGCGGCACUCCAGCCCCGUCCGGCAGCGGUGGCACCGCGUGCUGUAGCACGGGGAAUGUAGGUGCAACUGCCAAAUGUACAGGCACCUGUCAGUUCGGGGCAAUGGGGCCCUGUCUGGCUUCUGCUUCUGAAAUCGACUGCGAGGACAACAGCAACUGCGGCAACAGCGCAUGCUCGGCCGAUCCGUGUGGCGCGGGUUGCCCAUCAGGCCGCCGCCGCCUCAACUUCGCCAUGGACGCCAUGAUGGGCGGUAUGGGCGACAUGGGCGACCAGCAGGAGGUCGACGCCGGCGGCGCAGGCUGCGGACCCAUCCCCACACUCCCCGACGGCUCGUGCGAUUAUAGUGGGUCAACCGCGCCCGCCGGUCAAUUCUUCAUCCCCGGCGGCGGAACCAUCAACCUCUCCGACCUCGCCAACUACGGCUUCGACACGUCCGACGGUUCCACGUACGAGCCGUGCUCCAUCACCAAGGCAGAAGCCCUCUUGAUGUUCGAGAAGUACAUGACCACCCACGACCCGUGCGAAUGGGCCAAGCACAACGCCCCAUACAUGUGCACGAAGCAGGGCCCGCCGGCGCCAUCCGCUGUGUUCUCUCUCGCGUACGCAAACGCGCUCUUGGCGUACUCAAUCUUCUCCGCCGUGUGCGUCCAGGUGUUCUUCGCCUCCAGCAAGAAGAAGAAGAAGGACGUCGAGGAGACGCCCGCGGCCGGCGACGGCAAGGAGACGCCCGCGACGGCGGUGUGAACCAACCGAUCGUCCUUUCCCCCGAGCCGAGGGUCGGUCGCCGAAGGCGCCGACGGGCCAUCGAAUGUACAGAUGUUCGGAUGUACAGAUGUUCGAACCGGUCCGCGAAUAACGUGACGCGCGCAUCGAGCGCGGCGAACGAACCGCGACGACCGACCGGCUCGACGCACGCGAGAACCACUCGCUCGUUUCCAUUUCUAUUUCUGUGAAUAAACGAUCGCCUCGGGCG